AUGGCUGAAGUGGAUCCGGAGACAUUGCUAGAAUGGCUGCUCACUGGCCAGGGGGAUGAAAGAGAUAUGCAGCUGAUUGCCCUUGAGCAACUAUGCAUGCUGUUGCUCAUGUCCGAUAAUGUUGAUAGAUGCUUUGAGAGUUGUCCACCCAGAACAUUUUUGCCCGCCCUCUGCAAAAUAUUCCUUGAUGAAUGUGCUCCAGAUAAUGUGCUCGAAGUUACAGCCAGAGCAAUAACAUAUUACCUAGAUGUUUCAGCUGAGUGCACCAGAAGGAUUGUAGCUAUUGAAGGUGCUGUAAAGGCAAUUUGCAGCAGAUUACUUACAGUUGAUCCUAAUAAUAGAACUAGCAAAGAUCUUGCAGAACAAUGCAUUAAAGUAUUAGAAUUGGUGUGCACUCGUGAAGCUGGUGCAGUUUGGGAAGGUGGAGGUUUACCUUCUGUGCUGCAUUUCAUAACACAUCAUGGAACUUCAGUGCACAAGGACACUCUUCAUUCUGCAAUGGCAGUUGUAUCAAGGGUGUGCGGUAAGAUGGAGCCGGGGGACGCCCGUGUGGGAGAUGCUGUGUCAUCUUUAUCUUCAUUACUGCGUCAUUCAGACGCUCGUGUGUCGGAUGCUGCGCUGCGCUGCUUCGCUUCACUGGCCGAUCGGUUUGCUCGUGCACACGCUGACCCAGCACCACUCGCACAACAUGGCUUAAUUGAAGAACUAGUUCGCCGUUUGGGUACAACAGAGAGCUCAGAUGACAAAUGUCUCAUGCCUUCAGUGUCUACAACUGUCAGCUUGCUAUCUACACUCUGCAGGGGAUCAGAACAGAUCACACAUGAUUUAGUUCGUCUUGAUCUAUGUUCCGCUAUAGAGACAGCUGUCCAAGCCGAUGAACGCUGGUGUUUGGAGUGCAUGCGCCUCGUAGAUUUACUUCUCGUUCUGCUGUGUGAAGGAAGACACGCUAUACAGACCAGUUCAAAUCGCAUGGGUUCCGCGUCGACCAGCGGGGCGGGAGGAGAGGGUUCCAGUAACGCCACAGCCACCGGGAGUCGCGGAGAUAAAUCUCACAGGCAGUUAAUAGACUGUAUAAGGGGCAAAGAUACUGACGCUCUGAUAACAGCUGUGACCAGCGGCUCUGUGGACGUGAACUUCACAGAUGAUGUGGGACAGACAUUACUUAACUGGGCAGCGGCAUUCGGUACUAGGGAGAUGGUGGAGUUUCUGUGCGAGAAAGGUGCUGAUGUUAAUCGUGGUCAGCGUAGUUCAUCUCUUCAUUACGCUGCCUGUUUCGGUAGACCGGCUAUAGCUAAAGUGCUGCUACGGUAUGGAGCCAAUGCUGAUCUGCGUGACGAAGACGGCAAGACACCGCUGGAUAAAGCAAGGGAACGACAUGAUCAAGGCCACAGAGAAGUAGCAGCUAUAUUGCAGUGUCCAGGGGAAUGGUUGGUUGUGAGUAACCAAGACUCGCCAGCGUCAUCCAACGAUGAAGACUUCCCGGAAACUGGUGAUAAAGAAAUGGCAGCCAUAUAUUUAGAGCGUCUGAUUCCCGUGUUCUGCGCUCGUUACAUCGGCGCGGGCGGUGCGGGCGUUCGUCGAGCGUGUUUAUCGCUCGUACGCAAGAUGGUGCACUACGCUCCGGCCGCGCGUCUGCGAGCGUUGUCCACGCCGCGGGCAGCCUCCCUUCUGACACGACUUUUGGCUCACGUGCUCGAUACUCAGGACGAUGAUGAUGGUCAUUUAACAGUUCUGGGUAUAGCCGAAGAAUUGAUGGUGAAGGCUGCUGAUAUAUACUUGGAACAGUUUGCACGUUUGGGAGUGUUUAGUAAAGUGGAAGCUUUGGCCGCCGCGCCUGCUAAUGAGAUGAACGCUGACGGGGAGACAGUCAUAACUACUGGUGUGAGUGAAGACGCUACCAGUCUUUCCAGUGGCUGUGCCUAUUGGUGGGGAGAGUGGUCUCUAUGUCGUGGUAGGGAUGCCCUCUACUGUUGGAGCGACGCCGCCGCCCUCGAGCUCAGCACCGGUUCAAAUGGAUGGUUUAGAUUCUUAUUGGAUGGAAAACUUGCCACCAUGUACUCAAGCGGCAGCCCUGAACAUCAGACAGAUAACACCGAAAAUCGUGGGGAAUUCAUCGACAAACUCCAGAGAGCGAGAGCGUCUGUCAAAAAUUGCGUACCUCAAAGUAUAUUGUCUAAACCGGGUCCUACAAAAUUGGUACUCGGCAAUUGGGUUAUUUCAUGCAAAAAGGAGAAGGAGCUUCAUAUCCAUAAUACAGAUGGUCAACAGCAGACAACUAUAUUGAGAGAAGACUUACCCGGAUUUAUCUUUGAAUCAAACAGGGGAACAAAACACUCAUUUACGGCAGAAACUUUCUUAGGUCCAGAGUUAGCCAGCGGUUGGGCAGAUCGCAGGCCGGUGGUAUCUAACGGUCAAAGUCACAGUCGUAGUCGACUUUCCGCUAAGAGCGAGGCUCAGAAGGCGCAAGUAUCAGAGCGAGCCCGCGCCUUGUACACGAGACACCUCGCCAGCGCGGCCGGCAGACAGCCGCGCGCGCCAGUCGCCAGGCUAAGAGCGCUUUUAUCUAAACUGCAGACACUCGCAACACAUCCUAAUGGUGAUUGGCAUCAAGAAUUGAAAUCUUCUCUGGAGCAGCUGACUGAACUACUGUGUGGGGAGGAGUUACUAUCUGCUUAUGAAUUGCAGUCCUCAGGCUUGGCUCCGGCUUUGCUGCAAGUACUCUCACCGCAGCCGAAUGAUAAGCCAGGCCAGUUAUCAGAGCGGGAGAGCGUGGUCCGCGGGUGGGCGUGGUCUGGUGAUCCAGCGGGUUCAUGUGGCGCGGCUCUAGCUGGUCGGCUGGUUGCGGUUUUGGAGAGUGUGGAGCGUCUGCCUGUACUAGCACCUGCACCUGACGCGCCGCCUCACCAACCACCUACAUUACAUCACCUCACCAAACGGAUCAGGUUGCGAGUGGAACGUGCUAACGAAGAGACGUCAGAAGAAUCUGCUGCCAAUAAUAAUGCAGGGCGCAGUCUGAAAGUGGAAGCUUUGACUACUGUUCGUCAACUGGAGAGAUUCCUCGCUAAGUCUGUGGCCCGGCAGUGGUACGACAUGGACCGGACAACUUUCCAUUUCGUACAGAAGAUUAAGUCUGAAGCACCAAUGACGUUCACUUAUGACCACGAUUUCGACGAAAACGGCGUGUUAUAUUUCAUCGGCAGUAACGGCGGUACAUGUGAAUGGGUUAACCCGGGUGCUCACGGUCUCGUGAGUGUGUGGAGUUCAGACGGGAAACAGUUGCCUUACGGUCGCGCUGAGGACGCACUGUCUAGAUCCCCGGAGCCGCUUAAUGUUCAUACUAAUGAUGAUAGACGUGCCUUUAUAGCUGUCGAUCUAGGAUUACAUCUGGUACCGUCAGCAUACACCUUGAGGCAUGCUAGAGGUUAUGGAAGAUCUGCGCUUCGUAAUUGGCUGUUUCAAAUGUCUAUGGACGGUGUUAGUUGGACUACAUUAGUGGCGCACUGCGAUGAGCAAGCGUUACAGGAGCCCGGUAGUACGGCCACGUGGCGGGUGCGGGUAGACGCACACUACCGCUACCUGCGGAUACAACAGAAUGGAAAGAACGCCAGCGGACAGAGCCACUACCUGUCGUUGUCCGGUCUGGAGGUAUACGGGAAGGUGGUGAGUGUAGUCGAGACUCCGCCUCGUCAAGUCGGCAGUACAAGUACAUCUAGCUCGUGUUCGGGGGCGCGCGCUCGCCGUUGGUCGCGAGGAGCCCGGGGGCUGUGUGCGGGGGCAAGGGUCAUGAGAGGCGUGGACUGGAAGUGGCGCGACCAAGACGGACCUCACCCCUCGGUGGGAACUGUGACCUCUGACCUGCAUAAUGGAUGGGUCGAUGUCAGGUGGGAUCACGGCGGUCGGAACUCAUACCGUAUGGGGGCAGAGGGCAAGUUUGACCUUAAGGUCGUUGGAGGGGGCGCGACCGGCGCCUGCGGGGGGGAGGGGGCGCGCGCCUCCAGGAAGAGUCACUCAACACCCAGCCUACCAGAUGCAACGGGAACAGAGCAACAGGUUUCCGUGGCUUCUACGGAGCAGGCGUCGUCUGCGGAUAAUAUAUCGUCGGAGGUUGGCGGUAACAUGGCUCGACCGAGAGGUAACGCAGCCGACCUGUCCGCUAUCAACACAUCCACACAUCAUAUAAACACAGAUCUUGCGACAAUCGUAGAAUCCCUCACACUGGGCGCAGAAAGCAACAACUGUAUGUCGGAUCUCGGCAACACGUCCUUCACCAAUAUGGAGAUGGGACCGACCAGCAUCACUGACAUCACUAAACCGUAUCCUGCUAAAGAACCCCUACCAGAUUCUACGUCCCAAGAGAUGGGUUCGUUGCGCUGCGAUGGUGAGGCGAUGCGCAACAGCGCCAACGCGCUGCUGUCCAGCGAGCUGCUAGCGCUGCCCGCCUCGCUGCUGCAUACGCUGCGCAACAACGCUAACAGGCUGCACAUACAGUGCGAGGAGAAUGAGGGCGGUGAAGCUCAGUUUGGUGAACACAAGAAGGAUAGCCAGGCGGCCGCCGGUGCUAUGAGUGCUAGCGAACCUGAUUUAACACAACAGGGCGCGGCUCGUUUGUUGGAGUCUCUCGGCGUGGGUCGCGGCGCGGGCGCGGGGAGGGGCGCUGCUACACAACGCAGCUCACGUUCCAACCACUCUGCUCUGUUAUUCCCAAGUUUAGUGCGUCUCGCUCUAUCAAGCAAUUUCCCCGGUGGUCUGCUGUCUGCCGCUCAGAGUUAUCCGUCGUUGGCACCCAACGCUCAAAAUGCACUCACUCUAUCACUCACAUCGACAUCCAGUGAAAGUGAACAGGUAUCUUUGGAAGAUUUCUUAGAAUCAUGUAGAGCGCCGGCGUUAUUAACGGAAUUGGAGGACGAUGAUGAAGGAGACGAUGCCUUGGACAGUGAUAAAGAAAACGAACCGACUUACCAGGAUGUUGUGUCUCGUAACUUGUUAUCCCUUAUGGAGGAAGAGGCUUUGGAAGCGGUCCGUGGAGCGGGCGGUGGGUCCGGGGGCGUAGGCGCGGGGGGCGCACGCUCACGGAAGCCCUGGGACGACGACUUUGUACUCAAGAGACAGUUCUCAGCUCUCAUACCCGCCUUCGAUCCAAGACCCGGACGGACAAACCUCAAUCAGACCGUCGAUCUCGAUAUACCACUAAACGAUGAUUCCGACUCUGAAAGCACGGAAGCAACGACCAGCAACGAGAAGAACGGCAACGUGCCAGAGAGCAACGGCAACGUGAUAGCCACCAAGCUGCCGGCGCUACGGCUGGUGCUGUCCGCGGGCGGGCUCGCUCUACCGCUGGAGAAACCUUCGUGGACCUUAUAUAGAGCUGUGCUGGCUCUCAACUCACGGCUACCAGCACACGAUACUCAUAGAGAUACUACAUACACAUUAACAUACAAAGAGAUAGAAGGUGUCGAAACAUUCUCCAGUUCUUGUGACAGCGACGAAGAUGAACCGGGAGAUCCAGAUACAAGCAGCGUGUAUUCUGAAGGCGGUUCCAGCGAGGGUAUGGUGACGUGGUGCGUGAGAGCGCUCCGCCGCCUGAGGUCCGUAGCGCCGGGCCUGCCGCCCGCCUCCUUCCUGUCCACUAAACUGACCAACAAGUUACAUCAUCAGCUGCAGGAUCCUCUCACACUGGCAGCCGCAGCCACACCUCGAUGGUGUCAACAGUUGAACGACUGGUGUCCGUUCCUGUUCCCACUGGAGACGAGGCAGAUGUUCUUCGCUUGUACCGCCUUCGGUACCUCACGUACUAUUGUAUGGCUUCAAGCUCAGAGAGAUCGCGCUUUAGAUAGGCAAAGGACUGGUAACACUGUAUCCCCUCGCCGCGCUGAGCUUGAAGCGACCGAGUUCAGAAUGGGCCGCUUGAGACACGAGCGAGUCCGCAUACCACGACAUCCUAAUCUGUUACGAUCAGCGAUGCAGGUGAUGAAAGUCCACGCGGGUCGCAAGUCCGUUUUGGAAGUGGAGUUCGCUGGUGAAGAAGGCACGGGUUUGGGACCUACGCUGGAGUUCUACGCUCUAGUGGCCGCCGAGCUACAGAGAGCUGAUCUGUACAUGUGGCUGAGCGACUCGCCCGCGCCGACGUUAGAUGCUGAGUUCGCACCACUACCACUCACGUUGCCUGACGAAAAGCCACCAGGUUACUACGUCACACGCGCCGGCGGUCUGUUCCCCGCGCCUCUCCCACAAAACUCACCUAUCUGUGAUAAAGUUUGCAAAUAUUUCUGGUUCCUUGGAGUAUUUUUAGCUAAGGUGCUGCAAGACGGCCGGCUGGUCGAUCUUCCUUUAUCCGAGCCAUUCUUACGUAUUAUGUGCGGCGAGGAAUUGACUAACGCUGAUUUGGAGGAAAUAGAUCCCAUAAGGCAUAGGUUCCUAGCUAGCGUCCUAGCAGCCGCAGAACAGUAUGAAGCUCUAACACAAGAUGCGUCUCUGUCUGAGAGUGAAGUGCAAGAGCGCGCGUCGCAGUUGACGGUAGAUGGCGCUACUUUUGAAGAGCUCUCCUUGACUAUGACGCAUGUGGGAGGACACGAUGCGUAUCCGCUAUGUGACGGAGGGGAACAUAUAGAGGUGGGGCCAUCAAACGCGCGUUUAUACGCGGAGACCAGCGCCAGGUAUAUGGUGAGGGACGGAGUCAUCAAUCAGACCGAGGCUUUCCGACGAGGCUUCGCAGGAGUGUUCCCUCCCAGGAGACUGAGAGCCUUCACACCGCCCGAACUGAGGCUGCUAUUAUGUGGGGAGAGAGGACCCGCUUGGACCAGGGAACAUCUGCUCCAAUAUACUGAACCGAAACUAGGAUACACAAGAGAUAGCCCUGGUUUCCUCCGCUUGGUGGAUGUGUUGGUGGAGAUGUCUAUCAGAGAGCGGAAAGCCUUCCUACAGUUCGCCACGGGCUGCAGCAGUCUACCGCCCGGCGGGCUGGCUAACUUACAUCCUAGACUCACUGUUGUGAGAAAGGUCGACGCUGGCGACGGUUCAUAUCCAUCAGUGAAUACUUGUGUGCAUUAUCUCAAACUGCCGGAAUAUUCGUGCAAGGAGGUGUUGAGGGAAAGACUUCUGGCUGCGACAAACGAGCGAGGGUUCCAUCUCAAUUAA